CGUCCCUGUAUACGUGCAGCAAAAGGUGAAGUCUCGUGAAAGGAACGACAGACUUGCGUCUCGCGCGUCCUGCGCGUGUGGAUGCGAGUUCAUCAUCAUAAGUCGUUUGAGAGUAACAAAAUAAAUAAAAAUUCAAUGAAAAAGAGACAAAUCGAGUUGAAAUUUUGUUGCGUCAGUAAUCUCAGAAUGUGACGACAAAAAGAGAUACGUAGUGAGUGAACCCGUAUUAGGGACAGGAAGUGUGGGCGGGGGACGAAAAUAUCUUGCGCAUCACAGCGAGGAUGUACGGGACAUACGCUGCUGUUGGCUCUGGUGCCACAGCUACUGGGGUUCUGGGAUGGAUCGCCCUUUAUUACCUAUUCACUGGCCAUGGACAUGACAUUGACUUCGGCUGGUUCCUGGAGAAUACAUCGCCUCACAUGUGGGCUGGCAUAGGUGUUGGCCUAGCAGUGGCCUUGUCCGUCGUUGGAGCAGCUUUGGGAAUUUACACCACCGGAGUGUCCAUCAUGGGAGCAGGUGUGAGAGCCCCGCGCAUCAAGACCAAGAACUUGAUUUCCAUCAUUUUUUGCGAAGCUGUGGCUAUCUAUGGACUCAUCAUCGCCAUCGUCAUUUCCGGCAUGCUUGAGAAUUUCUCGGAAGCGAAAAUCCUGAGCGACGAUCGCGUGAAACGUGAGAACUGGUUGGCGGGUUAUGCCAUGUUCGGAGCCGGAAUAACUGUCGGUUUGGGAAAUCUUUUCUGUGGAAUAUCUGUGGGAGUAGUUGGCUCUGGAGCUGCCUUGUCCGACGCUGCAAACCCGAAUCUUUUUGUCAAAAUUCUCAUUGUGGAAAUCUUCGGCAGUGCCAUCGGCCUUUUUGGCCUCAUUGUUGCAAUUCUUCAGCUUUCUCACGUGAAAAUGGGAGACAAAGUCUAACAAAGCAACAUGACCGUAUAGACUACUACACAUCAACGAAAGGGAAUCAUCCAAUUUCUGGAAAGCUGGGAAACAUUCCGAGGGAAAAGUGUUCUUGCAGAUGACCCAUUUGGGAUUCUGGGUUGUCUGUGAUUUCACUUUAUUCGUCAAUUUUUAAGCUUACCAUGUUUACUUGAAGAAUAAGGCGCGAUUAAUCACACGACAAUUUUGAAUGCAGAUAUCGCACGUUAAUUCAUCGGAUUACAUUUCUUGAAAGUCUUCUUUUUAGAUGUCUACAGCUUAAUUUCCUCUGACCAACUACAUCAC